AGGAGAAGCGAUGCCAAGUCUGCAUCUAGUGCCAUAUUUUCCCAAUUUCCAAUGAAUUAUAAUCACAUUCCUAUGUUUGUCAGCUGACAUUCUGCACUGAGUAUUUCUCGUGAAGGAAACAGGAUUUUAUCCAGAGGCUGCGCGUGCUUAAGUCUCUCUGAGCCGCACUCGACCACACUGUGGCUGCUCAAAGUUUGGGACCAUGGCGCAGACGAAUAAUUCCGGGCAAAGCACCAACGGAGUGACAGAUGAAUCGCCCAACAUGCUCGUCUACAGGAAGAUGGAAAACGUAAUAGCACGCAUGCAGGAUGAAAAAAGUGGAAUUCCGAUCCGCACAGUGAAAAGCUUUCUGUCCAAGAUCCCCAGUGUUUUCUCAGGCUCAGAUAUUGUCCAAUGGAUGAUGAGAACCCUGGUUAUUGAAGAUCAAGUGGAGGCUCUCCAUCUCGGCACGCUAAUGGCGGCCCAUGGCUACUUCUUCCCCAUCUCAGACCACGUCCUCACGCUAAAGGACGACGGGACAUUCUACAGGUUCCAGACUCCUUACUUCUGGCCAUCAAACUGCUGGGAGCCAGAGAACACAGACUACGCUGUUUACCUCUGCAAAAGAACCAUGCAAAACAAAGCUCGGCUGGAACUGGCCGACUAUGAAGCCGAGAGUUUAGCAAGGUUACAGAGAGCAUUCGCCCGCAAAUGGGAGUUCAUAUUUAUGCAAGCAGAAGCACAAGCAAAAGUCGAUAAAAAAAGAGAUAAAAUUGAGAGGAAAAUACUCGACAGUCAAGAAAGAGCUUUUUGGGACGUGCACAGACCAGUGCCCGGCUGUGUAAACACCACAGAAGUAGACAUAAAGAAGUCCUCCAGAAUGAAAAAUCCUCACAAAACCCGGAAGUCGGUGUAUGGGCUGCAAAACGACAUCGGGAGCCAUAGCCCCACCCAAAUCCCCACCCCCGAGGUCCGGCAGCCAACGGAGGAGGAGCUACAGGGUCAGAUCAGAUUUUGGCAAGCACAAUUAGACAGGCAUCGUUUGAAAAUGUCCAAAGUUGCAGAAAGCUUAUUGGGGUACACGGAGCAGUACAUUGAGUACGACCCCUUCCUCACGCUGCCAGAUCCCUCCAAUCCCUGGAUCUCUGACGACACCACAGUGUGGGAGCUGGAGGCCAGUAAGGAGCCCAGUCAGCAGAGGGUGAAGAGGUGGGCUUUCGGGAUCAACGAGGUGCUGAAAGAUCAAGUGGGCAGAGAGCAGUUCCUCAAGUUCUUGGAGUCUGAGUUCAGCUCGGAAAACUUAAGGUUCUGGUUGGCGGUCCAGGAACUGAAGAAAAGGCCAAUCCGGGAGGUUCCGACCCGGGUCCAGGAGAUCUGGCAGGAAUUCCUGGCUCCUGGGGCUCCCAGCGCCAUUAACGUGGACUCUAAGAGCUAUGCCAAAACCACUCAGAAUGUGAAGGACCCUGGCCGCUACGCGUUUGAGGAUGCUCAGGAGCACAUCUACAAGCUGAUGAAGAGCGAUUCGUACAGUCGCUUCAUCCGAUCAAGUGCCUACCAGGAGCUACUUCAGGCCAAGAAGAAGAAAAGUAAGAACUUGUUUUGAAGGAUUUUGCUUCCAGGGGAAAUCGUUGACUUCGAAGAGGUUUGGCAGUCUAGUGCAGUCCUGCUGAAAUGCAGUCGCACUAGCUUGGAAGAGGACGCUCCCAUUGUGACAUUUAUUUUCCAGAACAUUUUCAUAGUCUGCUCUUCACCCAGAAGGAAGAUCAGAUGUUGCAUGUCUGAAGAACCAAGUUUUUAUUCCUUUUUGUUCUUUGUUUGGAAAGGCAUGUCUAACUCAGAUGAAGGGACAUUAAACAUGCUAAUGCCUUCAAAGAAGGUAAUUGUCCCAAUCAUUUCCUGACAUAUCAACUGGGGGGAAAGGUUCUGCCACAGAGAGCCGUGUGCAUAGACCCAAACUGGAUUAAUACUAAUCUGUCCUUAUUCAACACAAGGGCAGAACACAGGCUGACUAUAUUAUUGAUUUGCAUAUAUUAAUAACUAAGCUAAUACACUUUAUUUGUAUUGAUUUUAUUGCACUAUAGAAGUUCGCACAAGUCACAUCACACUCACUUAUCCGCUGUGGGACGGUUGAGAAGAAAAGCUGCGUCUGUCUUAUGUCUUCUGCAGCUCUUUCUUACGGUUCUUUGCGUUUAUUUUUUAUACCAUAUUUAAGGACCUUUUAAUGUAAUCAAAUGUAUUAAAGCUGACCCGUUAUCUGACUA